AAUUCUCCCACAUGAUGUAAUACUAUGGGCCAGUUAUGUAGCCCCGGCCCUUGGGCAACACACAUCCAAUCAAUAGGCACACUGCCUUUAAGCUGUCGAGGAGCCGUCGCACUGGCACUGGAAAUCAAAGCAGUGGAUAGAAAUGGGUGAUGGACACCAAUGUCAGUCAGUCACGGAGGGAGGGAAACAGAAACGCAGAGCACACAUCUGCAAACGCUUGACACUUCAGUGUUGACAAUUCCGAGUCAUGUGACGUGUAACGUGAAGAUGGCGCAGCUCAUGCUAUAAUGCAGUUUGGCUCAUAUUUUCUUGCACCACUCGGCCAGUUUGGACCGGUGAACCGAAUCAAGUGUCCUAAUCCCGCGUGUGAGGAUCGGAGCCCCCCGUGCGUCCUGAUCGCGGCUCGCUCAUAGCUUCAUAGCUCUUCAGACUCCUGGACUUCAUUGCGGUGCGAUAUAUAGGCUCGAGGACCUGAAACCUAAAAUUUAAUAAAUAAAUGCCGAUAGAAAAAAAAAACCUUCCUACUGAUCCAAUCGAAAUGCGGCUGUAAUAUUAGCGUUGGGAGAAUAGAUUACGGUGUGUUUGGUAGGUGGACACGGAGACUGCAUCAGAUCGGUACGACGGCUCGGAAGAACACAUCGGGACCACAUAGACCCCCCCCGAGCCCAGAGGCGACGAUGGUCGCGUUUUUUCUCCAAACGUUAGGAGAAUCCGAUUCCGGUCAAGACGUGCAUCUCGAUGUGUGAGAAGGAGACAACAUCAUUCGUAGCCUUUAGCCAACGUUUAGCAUCAUCCUCUCAGGAUAUCGACAUAAUGUGACUUGGUGUGCUGAAGGAAAAGAACCAAAUAUGUGGAUACCUACGGAGGAGGAGAAGAUCGGUGUUGUAAUCAGCAGCUUCCGCUCCCCAGUAUGUCAGGCCCUGGUGCUGGAGGUCGGGGAAACCGUACAGAUCCUGGAGAAGUGUGAAGGUUGGUACCGGGGCUUUUCCACCAGGAAGCCUUCUGUCAAGGGUAUUUUCCCAACGGGUUAUGUUCACCUAAAGAAAUCCACAGUGACCAACAGAGGGCUCUGUGAGACGGUGGUGCCCCUGGAGGAUCCCAUCAUCACAGAGACCACCUCCACGCUUCAGGAAUGGGCCGUGUUGUGGAAGCAGCUCUACGUGAAACACAAGGUGGACCUGUUCCAUAAGCUGCGCCAUGUGAUGAACGAGCUGAUGGACCUCCGGCGGCAGCUGAUCCAGGGUCACCUGGCCCAGGACCAGACCCGUGAGAUCAAACGACACAUCACUGUGCGACUGGACUGGGGCAACGAGCACCUGGGGUUAGACCUGGUUCCUAGGAAGGAGUUUGAGAUGGUUGAUCCGGAUCAGAUCAGCAUUUCGGAACUCUAUAAAAUGCAUGUAUCCAGCAGACACUGUGGCCAGCAAAGCACAACCCAGGGUGACGGUACGCGGCAGCGCCAUGGCGACAGUUGCCGUGUCCCUGUGUCACACCACCUCUUCAUCAACCUGAAGAGCUUCACCUACAACAGCAUCAGCGAGGACGCGGACGUCUUCUUCUUCCUCUAUGACACACGCGAGGCCAAGCAGAUCAGUGAGAAGUUCAUGGUCAGGUUGAACAAGAAUGGAGGGCCAAAGAAUCCAGAGAAGGUUGACCGUCUGUGUGCACUCUUCACGGACCUAAGCAGCAAAGACUUGAAGAGAGACCUAUACAUUGUUGCACAAGUCAUAAGAACUGGUCGUAUGCUACUGAACGACUCGAAGAAAGGCCCACCCCAUGUGCUGUACAGACGGCCCUAUGGCUGCGCCGUGCUGGCCAUGACGGACGUGUUCCACACCAUCACCGACCUCAAGGAGGAGAAGGACUUUGUGCUCAAGAUCUACACAUGCAACAAUGAGAACGAGUGGUUCCAGAUACAUGAGAACAUCAUCCGCAAGUCCAACACAAAGUACUCGGCUCCCAGCACCAACUAUGGCCUCAUCAUUUCCCUGCAGCUGCUGCGGGGUGAGCUGGAGCAAAUCAGACGUGAGAACCAGGCGGUGUUCAGCAGGGCUCUGGCACUCACACGCAAACUAGGCUUCCCAGACGUCAUCCUGCCCGGAGACAUCCGCAAUGACCUGUACCUCACCCUGGAGCGGGGCGAAUUCGAGAGGGGGGGCAAGAGCGUGCAGAAGAACAUCGAGGUCACCGUGUACGUGCUCUACGCCGACGGCGACACGCUCAAAGACUGCAUCAGUCUGGGCAGCGGGGAGCCAAACACCAGCGAGCAUCGCUCCUUCGUCCUCUACCACAACAACAGCCCUCGCUGGAGCGAGAUGGUGAAGCUGCCCAUCCCCAUAGAUCGCUUCAGAGGGUCCCACCUACGCUUUGAGUUCAGACACUGCUCCACUAAAGACAAAGGGGAGAAGAAGCUGUUUGGCUUCGCCUUCACGCCUCUGAUGAGGGAGGACGGGACAACCUUGUCGGACGAGAACCACGAGCUCUAUGUUUACAAGUGUGAUGAGAACGCUACGUUCAGUAACCAGGGCCUGUACCUGAGCAUGCCCUGCUGUAAGGAGGACUUCAACAGCUGUCCCAACCUGCCCGCCAACCUGCCCUUCCAGAGGAGCCCCAAGGAGACCUUCUGGGUCUCCACGCUGCUCUGCUCCACCAAGCUCACUCAGAACGUCGACCUCCUGGCUCUGCUGAACUGGAAGGCCCAUCCUGACCGAGUGUUGGAUAUCCUGGGCCGUCUGCGGCAGAUCAGCGGGGAGGAGAUCGUCAAGUUCUUGCGAGAUGUCCUGGAUACACUCUUCUGUCUCCUAGAUGACAACACAGAUAAAUACGGACCGUUGGUAUUCCAGUCACUGGUUUUCAUCAUCAACCUGCUCAGGGACAGCCGCUUCUACCACUUCAGACCGGUGAUGGACUCCUACAUUCAGAACCACUUCGCUGGAGCGCUGGCUUACAAAGAGCUGAUCCGAUGUCUAAAAUGGUACAUGGACCGCUCAGCUGAAGUGGUCAGACAGGACCAUAUCCAGGAAGCCAUGAGGGCACUAGAGUACCUGUUCAAGUUCAUCGUCCAGUCUCGGAUCCUGUACUCGCGGGCCACCUGUGGGAUGGAGGAGGAGCAGUUCCGCGCCAACAUUCAAGAGCUGUUCCAGUCCAUCCGCUUCGUGCUGAGCCUGGACAGCCGCAGCUCGGAGACCCUGGUCUUCACCCAGGCGGCGCUGUUAAACAGUUUCCCGGAUAUAUUCGACGAGCUGCUCCAGAUGUUCACCGUCCAGGAGGUGGCUGAGUACGUUAGGGGCACCCUGGGGAGCAUGCCCAGCACGGUGGACAUCGGGCAGUCCAUGGACGUGGUUAAGCUCCAGUCCAUCGCUCGCACCGUCGAGAGCCGACUCUUCUACUUCCCCGAGUCCCGCAGCAUCCUGCUGCCAGUGGUCCUGCACCACAUCCACCUCCAUCUGCGCCAGCAGAGGGAGCUGCUGAUCUGCUCCGGGAUCCUGGCCAGCAUCUUCUCCAUCAUCAAGACCAGCGCCAUGGAAUCGUCGGUUCAGGAGGAGGUGGAGAUGAUGGUGGAGAGUCUUCUUGACGUGCUGCUACAAACGCUGCUGUCCAUCAUGAGCAAGUCCCAGGCUGUGGAGACCUCUAGGGGGCAGAGAUGCCCUCAGUGCACAGCAGAGAUCACGGGGGAGUAUGUUUCCUGUCUGCUCUCGCUGCUCAGGCAGAUGUCGGAGCUCCACUUCCAUCACCUGCUCAACAACUUCCACAGUAAAGAGGAGCUCAAGGAGUUCCUGCUGAAGAUCUUCUGUGUGUUUCGUAAUCUGAUGAAACUGACAAUCUUCCCGCGAGACUGGAGCGUGAUGAGACUCCUCACAAGCCAUAUCAUCCUGGUGACCACACAGUUCCUGUCCCCCGCGCUGCACAAGAACUUCUCUGAGGCUGACUUCGAUUUCAAGGUGUGGAACUCCUUCUUCAGCCUCACUGUGCUGUACAUCAACCAGCCCAGCCUGCAGCUGGAACCCCUCACCCAGGCCAAGAGGAAGAAGAUCCUGGACAAGCAUGGCGAUAUGAGAGUGAUGAUGGGCUAUGAGCUCUUCAGCAUGUGGCAGAAGCUAGGGGAGAACAAGCCCCACUUCAUCCCGGGGAUGAUGGGACCCUUCCUCGGAGUCACGCUGGUACCGCAGACUGAGGUGCGGAAUAUCAUGAUUCCAAUCUUCCACGAUAUGAUGGACUGGGAACAGAGGAAGAACGGCAACUUCAAACAGGUGGAGGCGGAGCUGAUGGACAAGCUGGACAGCAUGGUUUCCGACGGGAAGGGAGACGAUAACCACAGGGAACUCUUCAGCUUGCUCACGCAGCUCUUUGGACCCUACCCAAGCCUGCUGGAGAAGAUCGAGCAGGAGACCUGGAGAGAGACCAGCAUCUCCUUGGUGACGUCGGUCACCAGGCUCAUGGAGAGACUCCUGGACUACAGGGACUGUAUAAAGGGGGAGGAGGGGGAGAACAAGAAGAUCAGUGGCUCCGUCAACCUCAUGAACUUCUACAAGUCUGAGGUGAACAAGGAGGACAUGUACAUCCGUUACAUCCACAAGCUGUGUGACCUCCACCUGCAGGCGGAGGACUUCACAGAGGCGGCGUUCACCUUGCUGCUCUACUGGGAGCUGCUCCAGUGGGAGGACCGGGCGCUCAGGGACUUCCUCCACUACCCCUCACAGAGCGAGUGGCAGCGCAAGGAGAACCUCAGCCGCAAGAUCCUCCACUACUUCAACAAGGGGAAGUGUUGGGAAUAUGGAAUAUCUCUAUGCCGGGAGCUGGCUUUCCAAUAUGAGGCGUUGUAUGAUUACCAGAGCCUCAGCUGGAUUCGGAAAAUGGAGGCUGCUUACUAUGACAACAUCAUCGAGCAGCAGAGGGUUGAACCAGAGUUCUUCCGAAUGGGUUUCUACGGAAGGAAGUUCCCCUUCUUCCUCCGGAACAAGGAGUUUGUUUGCCGCGGCUACGACUAUGAGCGGCUCGAGGACUUCCAGCAAAGGAUGCUGGGAGAAUUUCCACAGGCCAUCGCCAUGCAGCACCCCAACCAACCAGACGACACCAUCCUGCAGAGCGAUGCUCAGUACCUCCAGAUCUACGCGGUCACUCCGGUGUCAGACAUCACGGACGCGCCCCAGCUGGAGCGCGUGCCCGAGAGGAUCAAGAGCUUCUACCGCAUCAACAACGUCAACCGCUUCCACUAUGACAGGCCCUUCCACAAGGGACCCAAAGACAGGGAGAACGAGUUCAGGAGUCUGUGGAUAGAGCGGACCACCCUGAUCCUGUCCAGGCCCCUCCCUGGGAUCUCCCGCUGGGCUGAAGUGGAGCGGAGGGAAGUGGUGGAAGUGAGUCCUCUGGAGAAUGCCAUCUACGUGGUGGAGAACAAGACCCAGGAGCUGAGGACGCUCAUCAGCCAGUAUCAGCACAGACAGCACCAUGGCAACAUCAACCCACUCAGCAUGUGUCUCAAUGGGGUCAUAGAUGCUGCAGUCAAUGGAGGCAUAGCCAGAUACCAGGAGGCGUUCUUCGAUAAGGAAUACAUCACCAGUCACCCAGAAGACACGGAGAAGGUGACACAGCUGAAGGACCAGAUGCAGGAACAGGUGCACAUUCUGGGGGUCGGACUGGCCGUCCACGAGAAGCUGGUGCAUCCUGAGAUGCGGCCGCUUCACAAAAAGCUGGUGGAUCAGUUCCACAUGAUGAGGACGGGGUUACAUCAUCAGGGUCUCCCUGGCGUGGACCGGUUCGGCCAGGCGGGCUGCUCAGGGGGCAACUCUCCCCGGGGCAUCCUGACCUCCCACAGCCACAUGAGCCCGGAGAGCAUCCGCCUCAUCCACCGACACAGCCCCCUGAACCUGCAGGGCUCCAUCCGCCACUCGUCCUCCUCCCUGUCCUCUCACACGUCCAGCGAGGCGGGGAACCUGGUUAUCCUGACGGACGGGCUGAUCGGGGAGCACCCCGAGGACUCAGGCCACAUGCAGCCCAGUCCAUCGUCCUCCAGUCUGAGCUCCAUCCGCUCCACCUCUUCUCAGGUCCUCACCUCGGCUCCGUCCAGCGCCCGAGGCUCUCCUUCGUUACCGGAUAAGGCCAAACACAACAGGGAAGUGAUGAUUCUGUUACCACAACGAGAGAGGGCUAACAACUCCAUGUACUACACACUGGCUGAGAACGGACAGAACAACCACAUGCAGCGUGCCUUACUCCAGCAGGUCAGCCCCUGUAAGCCGUGCACGGACCCCCACAUGAACCUCCCAGAGAAAGUGUUCCCCGGUAACCCCAGUGCCUGGAGCGUGGAGGGGGAGACCAAGGAGACGCUCCCCUACGUCCCAGGGUCCUCCGGAAUUGUGAUCAUGCCCCCCGUCCCACCCCGAUCCUUCCCACCAGGGCACUUCCUGAUGCACUUUGAUGCGUUCCAUCACCAGAACAGUGACCCGCCCCCCGCCUUGCCUGUCCGCUCUCUCAGAAAGUCCCCCCUCCACCCCAUCCCCGGCUCCCCCACCAGCCCGCAGUCGGCGCUGGGCGGCAGCAACUCCACCCUGUCGGGCAGCGCCAGCAGUGGCGUGUCGUCCCUGAGCGAGAGCAACUUCGGGGGCCAGUACCCGGACACGGGGCCCAUCCGCAACGACGCCCUGGAGCCCCUCCCCAGCCACCUGUGGUCCCCGCCCGAGGAGUACCUGGCCUCCCCCUACCUGCACAUCCACUACAGCGGCCCGGACAUGGACUCUGCCGACCCGGCGCGGCCCUUCCACUACCGCAGCCCCGCCUCGCACCCCCAGCAGCAACCGCACCCCCACCCCCACUCCCACUCCCACGCGCACGGCGGCCACCACCCGCACCAAUCCCACCCACACCCCCACCCGGGGAUGGACGGCCACGGGCACGGCCACGGCCACGGGCCCCAGCCGCAGCUGGCCAUGCCCAUGGCGUCCCACCACCACCACCACCACCAGCACGGGGCCGGGCACGGGGCCCAGCACCACGUGCCCUACCGCCGGCCCCAGCUGCCGCCCGCCGUGCCGCCCAAGCCCUACCUGAGGGAGGGCUGCAUCCCCGAGGAGGACCUGCAGCCCCAGCCCGUCCCGCUGCCCCGGAGGAUCUUCCACCCCCAGCACGGCCACCGGGACGAGCAGGCCAAGCACCCCUGGGAGCAGUGCAUCAGCGAGGAGCACGAGGAGGCGCAGUGAGGAGGAGGAGGGCGGGACGAGGACGGAGGAGGAGGAAGGACGACGGAGGAGGAAGGACGGCGAGGGGGGUCCCCUAGCUCGGGGAGUUGUUGAGUUUUAGAGACGGCGUUCUUCUCCUCGUCUUCCUCCCUUCAGUGCACCGAGUCAGGGAGGAGGGGCUGGUCAGAGCCGGGGGGGGGGAGGGGCGCGUCACCAGCCCCGUCAGGCAUGGCGGUUUGACAGGAGGAAGACGAGGAGAAGGCCUUUGACGUGUCGACGAGGCGCACGCGCUGUCACUGUGCUCUGUGUCGGCCUCUGGUGCGACGCGAAGGGGAUUCUAUCUGUCGGUCAAACACAGGGCAGGGAUGUCUUUUUUGCUUUCCUCGAUUUGAUAUUGAUUGUACACAAUGGUACAACGACGUGUCUGUGAGCAUGUGUUUUCAUUUUGAGAAUAAUUAUAUGACAAAGCGUCCUUGUGACAGAGGACCACCACCCCUGAUCUUUAAGCAACAUGGAUCGGUAUAAGCUAAGUGUGUCAGAGGACGUAACCUUCAGCCCCCUUUCACCCCCCCCCACGCUCCCUUGCUUCAUGACAACACAACGUCUGCGGCCCUCGAAGAAGGCUCUCCAUCCCUCAGUGAAGCAACCCAAAAAUGCUUUAUUAUUAUGAGGGGGAUUUAUUGUUUUUUGAUAAAUUUGCUAAACUAGGCUCUUCUCAAAAGCUAUGUCCAUCCUGUUUUUUGAAACACUGUUAAGGGCUCCUUAAUAGUGAGUCAUCAGAAACAGCACAUUGGUGUGUUUGUGCGUGUGCGUGUGUGCACGUGAGCUUGCGUGCGAGUGUGUGUGUGUGUGUGUGUGUGUGUGCGUGUGUUGUUCCCCCAGCUUUCCUAGAACCAAGGCGAUACUGUAUCUUGAACUUGUAUCACCUUUGUGGACCUCUGGACCUUCUAAAGGCAACACGGACCUUGUCAGUCGUAGACGACCCCCCCCCCCCCCCCCUCCCAUCCGUUCCAUCGCGGGCGGAAAUCCACGUGAAUGUAUUCAAAUGAGAUGUUUUAAUCCGUGAUUUCACAAGUUGCAAUUCUCCUUUCAGUUCAAGUGCUUUUUUAAGUUCAAACUCCUUGGUUGGAAUCUCUUAGCUCUUAUUCUUUCCGUAUGUUUUUUAAACGUGACCGGGAUGUCUCUUGGGGGGGGGGGUUGACCGAGAGAACUCUGCAAGACGGACGGAAAGGAGUGGCGCGGUUUGACGGCUAAGCACGGACGGACCUCUGGACAGACUAUUUUGAUCAGGUCAAACUCACUGAGCUGGUCCAAGACUAGUCACGGACAGAAGCCAUUACCCUAGAAGUCAUGAGUGUAGGAUGAAGAAGAAGACUCUUUGCCUUCGCCACACCUAAGACACCUGGCGAAAACCAUGGACACUUUACACCGAGGCACCCCUCUAUGUCUUUCAGAUGCCCUCUCUCUCUCUCUCUCUCUCUCUCUCUCUCUCUCUCUCUCUCUCUCUCUCUCUCUCUCGAUAACGCUCUCUCUCACACAAGAUAGAUGUCACACUAUGUCAACCAAUGAUAAUUGAACAUGGAUGCCUGCAUUUGGGCAGUGUUUUGUGUUCUGAUGAUAUAUCCUGUUCACUCUCGCUGGGUAAGGGGCAAACCUAAAGAUCCACUUAGAUUGCGUCGUGAAGCGCCCUAUUUGCCUUAAAGUGCAUUUGAAAUGCAGUAUGACCGCUCAUCUGGACACCUCCAAUGAACACAAGAAACUCAUGGAAUUACUUCUGCUCGUCAUUCUGUACUCUCUAUGCUCCCCCCUUCCCCCCCCCCCCCCCCCCUCUACCCAAACCCACCCCUGGAAGGAAUGAAAUAUCUGUCUGGCAAAGGGUUUUGUAAGCUUUUCCAGUUUCUGUUUAGGAUUCAAAGGGUCACAUGGCUCGUUGGCACGAAUCGGCCUGCAGCUCUUCUCAGCCAUGUUUCGAUUUUUUCCGUUUGGUCGUGUGAAAGAGGUAUUUGGGUUUUUGACGAGGAGGACGAUCAACUCUCCGGCUCUGAAAAGACAGUGUUAUUUUAAUGAGCUGUAAUUUAAUGUGCUGCUCAAACGUUGGGUUGAAAGGAUAGCUAAUUAAGAAACACUUGUUUUCCGAAAAUUCUUUUGUGUUGUUUUUUGUGUCUUUUUUUGCAGGUGGCUGCUUUGUGUUCUCACACACCAGGUUGUCAACUGACAAGACAACAUCUAUUUUUGUAUGGAAAAUCAUCUGUUGUGCGAACACAUUUCAGAAAAAUGUACCAAGACAGAAUGCACAGGGUACCGCAUGGGCUGCUAUACUUUGUAUGGAGGUACAUGGCAAGGGUUAGAUCAAUAUAUGUGGUUGGAAGCUUGACGGCUUUUGAAGAUAGCCGGUGAAGGGAAGCGAUACUCAGAUAAAUAUAGGUACAAUAGAGAAUUUUUCAAUGUAAAUUCAGUUCUUGUACAUACAGCAGUAUUGUGAAAUAUUUUUGACAAUUAUUGCAGACUCCCUAAAGGUUUAUCGUUGUUUUGUGUAUAUACACGUAAUCCAGAAAUUGAUGUAAUUGAUAAAUAUCUAUAAUCAGUGUUUGAAAAAAAUACAAAUUCAUUAGACUGUGGCUUUCUGCACCGUUCUUGACUUCAAGUCUUCUCAUAUAAAUACUUUAUACACUUUUAAAUGUGCUUUCUUGUACAUAUGGUGUUAGCAUGAUCAAACAGUGGUUGGUUGUCAAAGUGGUUUUCCUACUCCCAAAACUGCUGUGGUAUGGAUUUCAUUAACAAUGCCAAACAUUAAAGACAAUCUUUUAUCAGCUC